AUGGUGAACGGAAAGAAUUGCGAGGAAAAGAUAACGUGAGAGAAAAAAAAAUAUUCUAUCUUUUGCAGUUUCUUUUGCUUUGAGAUCCGCCGCACACAAAAAUCAGCGACGACCUCAAAUGUCUUUCCAGCUCUAAAGAAUCUACGUGUAUGCGUUUUGAAUUUUCUGUAAAGAUUUUUCCUUUAUAUACCUCUCUCUCUCUGUCCCUUCCUCGUCAGUUUUCAUUCUCUCUCUCUCCAACGUCGGCGAAACCAUGUCGACGCCGGCGAGGAAGCGGCUGAUGAGGGAUUUUAAGAGGCUUCAACAGGAUCCACCUGCCGGAAUCAGCGGCGCUCCGCAGGAUAACAACAUCAUGCUCUGGAACGCUGUUAUCUUCGGACCCGAUGAUACUCCAUGGGAUGGAGGAACUUUUAAGUUGACCCUCCAGUUUUCAGAGGACUACCCAAACAAACCUCCAACAGUUCGUUUUGUCUCACGGAUGUUUCAUCCAAACAUAUAUGCGGAUGGUAGUAUCUGCCUGGAUAUU